GAUUUACUGGCAGUCAGAUUCUAGCUCGCGUCCGUGGAAGGUUUGAGAAACUUUUCCCCUACACUUAACACUACACGUGAACGAGUGAAAGUAUAAUUUGAAAAAAAAUAUAUAUAUAUAUCAUGGCUACGAUAAAUGGAGAUCAGUGUAAUAAUACCAAGGCGAAAAAACCAAGACCUUUGUUAGCUAGAACUUGGUCAGAUAAUUAUGAAAUAAAGGAUGUUGAGAUACCCGGAUCGCCUCAAACACCCAGAACUUCUACUACUCCAGGUCAUGAAAAUUGCACAUUCCACCACGAUCUAGAGCUUGACCAUCGACCUCCAACUAGAGAAGCUAUGCUGCCAGAAAUGUCUAGAGCUUACAAGCUGCUUCUGGGUUCACUUGGAGAAAAUCCGGAUCGACAAGGAUUGUUGAAAACGCCUGAACGAGCUGCGAAAGCCAUGCUAUUUUUCACGAAAGGUUAUGACCAAAGUCUCGAAGAGGUUCUUAACGACGCUAUCUUUGACGAGGACCAUGAUGAAAUGGUUGUAGUAAAAGACAUCGAAAUGUUUUCUAUGUGCGAACACCACUUGGUGCCUUUCUAUGGUAAGGUCUCCAUUGGAUACUUGCCUUGCGGAAAAAUUCUGGGACUUAGUAAAUUAGCUAGAAUCGUUGAAAUUUAUUCCAGAAGGUUGCAAGUUCAAGAGAGAUUAACUAAACAAAUAGCUGUAGCUGUUACCAAAGCUGUUCAGCCUGCGGGUGUAGCUGUAAUAGUGGAAGGAACACAUAUGUGCAUGGUUAUGCGAGGAGUCCAAAAGAUAAACAGUAAAACUGUUACUUCUACAAUGUUAGGCGUUUUUCGAGACGACCCUAAAACCAGAGAAGAAUUUUUAAAUUUAGUUCAGUCUAAGUAAUUUUUAUGAAGAUAUAUAUAAUCGUUUUGACCACAGGGUAUAAUUAAAAAAUUCAAAGUUAACAGUAUUGGAGGUUGAAACUCCCCCAAAAAACAAUUUUGAUUAGGAUAUGAACCCACAUUCUUUCUUUACGUUUUAAUGUAUCUCAAAAUAACACUAAAUAAAUAAGGCAACAGAAAACCAGUAUUGUAUGUUUUUAAGGCGAUACUAUUAGUUGGAAAAUAUAUUCCAACUAACUUUUUUAGAGAAAAUAAGGUAGUUAGAUAUUAAUUUAUUCUAGAAAAUCUGAUUUAUAUUAUUGAUGUAAAGGGCAAGUCAAAAUUCCCUGUUUUCUGGUUUCUACCACCGACAGUCCAACACUCAUAAUUACACUGUCUAAUGUGCGUUUCGAUCAUCAAGCUAUCGUCUUCAGAGAUUGAAAAUUUACCUUACCAUUUUACCUUCAGACGAUAACUUGGUUAUCGAAACGCGCGUCAAACAGUGUAAUUGUGAGUGUUGUGUGGUGUAAACAGUGCAUUCAGUAUAAAUAUCGCCAAUGGUUCCAGAAAUUCCAACUUACCACUUGUUAUUUUGAAAACUGAAUAUUGAAGAUUGUGAAGAACAUUGCCACGAAUAAUUCUAAAUAGUAUAUUAAAUAAAUCCUGAUACAAAUUUUGUCAUUGUUUAUUAAUACUCAAUUUUAAUGUUUAAAUUGAGGAUCUACUGUCAUAAUUGCUAAAAGUGCACCCCAUUUACUUACCUGACAGUGAAAUAACCCCAAUACCUAUAAUCUAUAAGAUGUUAUCUUUCGUAAUUGUUCAAAUGUGUCUGCGGAAAUAGCCCUUCAUUCUAAAGCAAUAAGUUGUGCUGAAACGUAAAUAUUUUAAGUUCACUGACGUAAACCGCAGAUUUAAGGAAAAACUAAAGGUUUGAGGUUCGACUAUCGAGUUGACCAUUCCAUUAAACUUACUAUAAUAUUCCUCAUCCGUCUUACUUUAUCAUACACAUGUAUGUGAGGAUAUGCGUCACUUCAUUUCUCACUUUCUGUAUUCACAUUUUCAUUCAUAUAGAAAAGCUUUCGCCACUAAAAGAAAUUGAUUCGACAAUGUCUGGUUGUUGGUUAAUUUCAUAUUAUUACAAAAUAUUAUUACUCAUUCAUUCUAAAUUUGUAUAGGUAAAAUUUUUUUUUGUUAGAAAAACUAUACUGUGACUGACUUCACAAGCAAAUGUAACUUGAAUUGUUGAAGAAGUAGUAUUUACUAUUACUUUACAAUCAAUAAUAAUCAGUUUCCAACUUUUACUAAGUUAUGUAUAAUCGUUCAGAGAUAAGAAGGGGUCUUUUAAAUAACACUAUAUAGGGUGUUUCAGAAGUAAUAUCUAGUAUAAGGGAUUCUUCAAGUUAUCUAUUGCGUUAUGGAUAUACAGAAUAUUGAUAUUUUUGCAUGACAAAUUAUUCGUAUCACCAUUGAUUAUUUCAGGCAGACAGUCUGUUUAAAUCCGAUAUGCAGAUCUAAUUUGUGUCCUCAACUUUUAUUUUCCAUAAUUUCUAUGAAAAACAAUGUGGUUCAUGGAUGCAACAUCCCCCUCCCAUACAAAUAAACUUCAAAUUUUUUCAAUUUAUUUCUUAUUAAUUCAACCUUUUUUUCUGUAAUUACAGCACAUCGCCUUUUCUGUAAAGCGAAUUUUACAUAUUUUUUAAACUGUGACUAAUUUAUUUUCUGUGGACUUUUUCUCUCAAAACUGUUCAUAAAUUAGGAAUCAUAAAUAAAAUACAUAAUAAAAAAUAUUGACAGGAAUUUUUUGAUCUUAAUCAAGACGAUGAACAUUUUUGAAAAACAUAUUUUCGAUAUUUUAGGAAAUAAUUUUUAUUGUCUACUUAUAUCUGUUUUGUUUAUUGCAAAAUUAUUUUUAUACAUAUUCUGUAAAUAUACGUUUAUUUGUUUAUAUUGUAUGAAAUUUUUUCGAAUAAAUACUUUAUUUAGUUUUUUCACGUUCUUUUCUUCACUUUGCUUCGUUAUAUUAUUUGCGAGUGAAUCUAUAAUAAUCUCGAGACACAAUUUUGCUGAGUAAAUACUCAAAUACCGCAAAUAUUUCUCAAGCUUUGGACACUAAUUAAAAUGGAUGUAUUUUUUAUUCCUAAUAUUCUGUCUUAGAAUGAGAACUAUAAUUUCCACGUGAAAAAAGGGUAGUUUUAUUCACUAACACAUAUUUUGAGAUUUGAUAUUAAACUUUAAAUAUACUUAGAUAACUUUCUUCUCCAUUGAAUUUAAUUAAUUUUUUCUUGAGUACGAAUUCACAAUAAUAUCAUAAAAUAAACAGGAUGUCAGUUUUUGGUGUCAAUUCAAAUAUUCUCGAUUCACUCCUGGUAAGCAACAAUUGGUGCUGACCAUGCUAUCAUUGCGGAGCUCAUUGAUAAGGUACUUUACCUAAAUUCUUCGGCAGGUGUCAAUAACGAAGCAGAUUGAUAAUUUUUAUUUAAAAUAUGCAAUUAAGUUAUAUGUAACUGCAUACUUAUUACCUGAUAUUUCAGUUGGGAUAGAAGAUUGAUCAUUUGAACAGUAAUUCUGUUUGUACUAUAACCAGAAUUAUUAUGUAUAAUAAUUCAGAUUCAUCAGUGUAGAAGGCGAAUUGUAUUUGUUCAACUGGGAUAUUGAGAGAAGAUUAAAUGUUUAAAUAUUUAUUUUUAUAUGGUGUUAUUUAUUGUAUACUAAUAUGAAUAUAAAAGUCGUUCGUUAUAUUAUGUGUGCAUUUAGAGAAUCCAAUAAAGAUAUAACUUUGCUUAUUACAUAUUUCUAUAUAAAUAAUAUUUUUCUAAUUUCACAUUCUUUUACUGAAUUAUAAUUUGAUUUUUAAUUACAUAAUCUGAAACAGCUCGUAAAUAUUUUUUUGUGUCGAGACAUAACAAAAUAUAACACAACAUUUAUUUAUUUGAAGGUUCAAGGCUAUUGUUACAUAGUUUUUGCAACAUACAAGUAAAAAAUUCUCUUUGUUAAAAAAUAAAUAUUAUUCAAAGUCAACUAACUUUCGAUCAUUUUCUGAAGGUUUCGUUUAAAAAUGACCGAUUUCGGUGUUAUGAUACCUCCACAGUGCUACAAUUUAACAUGUUAGCAGCACUAAAAGUGCUCCUAGUAAAUGUGAGACUCUCAUAAUUAUAAUUUUUUCGAAAUUUAAUUUUUCAAUCAAUCAAUUCAAUUCGCUCGAUCUUCGGUCUCUGAUUGAUCAGUUUAAAUGUUAGUGAAGAGGUAGUGAGAUAGUUUUGUUGAGUGAAGUGAUAUGAACAUGAGAAUGGAUUUGAUAAAUUUAGAGCGGACUUAUCACAGGCCUUUAAAUGAAAUCGAUCAUAAAAAACAAUAAUGUCGUGUAAUGAGCUUAAAUAUGAGGGUCAGGAAAUAAGUUGUAGCAACCAUUUCCAUUCUUGUCAUUCUUGUAGAUAUGUGAAAAGGUCACAAACGUAAUGGGUCGGUCAGUUGAUGAUGAGUGUUGUGCAAAUGGAAGUAACCCAUGUUGAUGGCUUUAUUCCCAACAAAUUCCACUAAGCCACUGUAAACUUUUAACGCGUUUCUUUCUCGGAGAAUGGCUAUUUUGAUUUAAGCACACUGCUCACCUCAGGUAACUUCCAUCUUGCAUGAUACUUACUUAUCGAUCUUUGUGCAAAAUUAGAUGUAAUUAUGAUUUAUCUACCGAUUUGAAGAUGUGGAUCUUUGCGAACAAACUGUCAUUAUUGAUGACCUUCACUAUCCAAAUUUUGAUUUUAUGAACCGGUCAGUGUCAAGAAACAUUCACAUUCUUCUACUAGCUCCAGUUGCUCAAUAAACAUUUUAUUCGUGCUGUUAUUUAACUGAUACUGACGUGAUCGAUAUACAUUCAUAUCAUCUCAGUAUCUUUUUUUAAUAACUGCAAAUCCAUAUCUAUAUGAAUUUCCAGAAAGCAUUGUAUGUACACUCAACUAAUUUAUUGAGUCAAAACGAUUACUAAAUGUAUAUAAAAAACUUGGUAUUGAAAAAAGUAAUACUAUUUUAAAUAUAAAAUGUACUUAAGAUAUAUUAGAGGACCACAAAAUAUAUUAUUAUUAUGUAUAACUGACACUCUAAGGUUAUUAACGGAUUUUCAAACGAUAUUCUUUGAUGGGACGAUUGGCUAUGGGGAGGGCAGUUAUAACUUUGCUCGAUACGAGGUGUAGCUAUGCAAUAACUGAUGAUAUGUCUUCCUGCAUCAGCUGCUUUAGGACUUUUCAAAUCUUGUUCCUUUUAAUAUAGAUAGAAAUCGUCGAAAGUUCCAGCUAAUAAACCUAGAAACCGCUAGUCGAAUGAUGAGACUUGAGUAUCAAUUCGACAAACAAUUUUGCAUAUUAAAUUUUUCAUAUUUUCAUCUGUAUAAGUUCAUACAAACUUUUUUUGUAACACCGCCAGUCUCUCAUUUUAUAGCUAUACCCCGUAUAGAAGGUGAUAUUUUAGUAUAACUACGCUCAGCCGUUAUAAAGUUUAUUCGAAAAAGUUAACAAAAAUUCAGGGAGAGAUAAUGAAAAUUCUGUUUCAAAAUUAGUUUUUUUUUAAUAAUUUUUAAAAGAUAGAUGAAAAUUGACGUUUCGGCUAAUUUUAAGUCUUUAUCGAAAUUUUGAAACAGAAGAGACCUAAGUACAGAGUAACUAGGUCGAAUUAAUCUGAAGGAAACUUAGCAAUGAUUAUUUUAAUAAAGAAAAAAUAUGUGAGGAUAGUAAAAAAUAUUCAGUAAUAAAAAUUAUAUAUCCAAGGCACUUAACGACAUUGUGUAAGGUAUUUAGAAAGAUGUUCAUUUUUAUAGCAAAAUCGCUAUAAAAUAAACCAUUAGUAUAUGAAUAAUAAAUAAAUAAAUGAUUAUCUAUUUUGCGUUGCAAGUUGACGAAUAUUAAAUAAAAGUAAUUUUAAGCUAACAACCUAUACAUAAAACAUGUUCCUAUACAAAUCCUUAUUCGAUAUUCAAAUGAAUUUACUAGAUUUCUCAAUGAAUUAUGUCAAUAAUAUUAAUCUCAUACUAUUUUAAAUUUCAUUUAGUAGAGUUCAUAUUAAAGACAGAAAGAUCGAGGUAUGGGAGCUUGUUCAAAUAGGCCCGAACUGCUGAUAGAAAGAAAAAGAACAUCGAUAUACCACUCUUCAUCUCUCUCCACUCUAUUCUUAUUGUCAUGACGUCGAAGUUUAGAUUAGAAAAUAAGAAGUUUUAAUUUUAAAAGUGCAUAGAAAGAGAUAGAGAGUGGUAAACGAAUGCUCUUCCUGUCUUUUACAAUUAUAAAAUCCCACUUACAUGCCGCUCUCUUUAAUAUCAAUAUUAACUCAAUGUUUCAUUAGACGAUGUUGCAGAUUCUUGAUACGCAGUUUCCCAAAUGAAGAAAUCAAUUAUUAUUCAUGUGGUUGUGAUAAUGGCAAAUUAUUCUUAAGCGUGUUAAAAGUCAGACCUUAUCUAAAAAAGCCAGUGAGCACAUCUUAAAAUAAAUUAUUAAGCCCAUUCACAAACAACUAGCCUACGAGGAGAAUCAUUGUUUGUCUCUUGAUGUAAUUAUCAGGAUUUUAUAUUUAUAGGGAUUCUUGGCAACGGCUCGUACUACAUAUUCCUCGUUAGUAACAAUUUUCAUUCUUUGUGUUUUGCUAUUCACUGAUUCAAUACCAACAAAGUGAUCCAUUCAUAUUUUAAAUCCUCAUGUACUUGAAUGUAUUCAUCCAAGGUACCACUUUUAAUUUAUAAUUUCUUAUUCUUUCUUCCAAUACCGGUUUGCUUAUCCAUGGAAAAAUUAAUAUUUAAAAACACAGUUUUUCAACACGGAAAUCAUUUAAAUGAUUAUUGUUAUGAUCAUUUAUCUACAGCCUACCUGCAGUUUUGCUUGAUCAUUAUAACGUGUAAUGGAAAUAUUUUUCAUAUCAUUUUAUCAUAGGUUCCUACAAUUCAAAACAAUACAAAUGAAAGAAUGAUCCAGUUGUCAUAUUAUUUACUAACAUUAUAUUUAGUUAUUAGUACAAAUUGAAAAUAUUUAUAAUAUUUGAAGAAAAUUAAAAAUAUAUCGGAAAACGAACAAUUUAGAUUUGAGCUCACAAAGAUAAAAUUUUCGUUCGAAUUCGUCGAGAACUAGACAUUAUUGUUAACUUACUACGCAAAAUAAUCAUUUAUUUAGUAAUUAUGAAAAUAGUGUUGAUUUUGUUGCUAUUUCGAUAUAAGAAUGGUGAUAUCUCAUUAUAUACCUCAUAUAAUUUGGUAAAACUGCAUAUUAUAGGAACAAGCAUUAUACAAUUUUAGAAAACCGUAUGAUUGCUGUUUCCAGACAAAAAACAUUUUGACUAAAAUUUCUGUUAUCACACUAUAAACUAAACCUUUAGAUACUUGUCAAAAUAAUCCCCCAAAUAUUUUGAAUAAUAACUCGUUGCUCUAUCAAAAAGUGGCACGAUCUCUAUGUCCCAAUUUAUAUGUCGUUUGAAGUUUUCUUUUUGUAAUGUUCGUUCUUCAACUGAGAAAAAGUUUUACGAAUACUACUCUACAAAACAAUUUAAUCUACAAUUUAUCACACUUAUAAAAAUAUGAAAAUAGGUUACCCCAAAAGAAGAUCAAAAUACAAGAAAAAAAUCUACCACCAAAUAUUUAAUAUU